AUUUAAAUCGUCCACAGUAAAAGAAUGCAUCCAUGCAAUACUGAAGGAGAAGCUGGCCAAUGUACAGUACAUCCCAGAAGAAAUGCCUCAGCUUACAAAGUCCUUAUCAGAGAUAAUAAAAGACAGACUGAAAGAGGAGGGAUUUGACAGGUACAAAAUGGUGGUGCAGGUUGUGAUUGGAGAGCAGAGAGGAGAAGGAGUGAAUAUGGCUGCGCGAUGUUUCUGGGAUGCCGACACUGACAGCUAUGCUCACGAUGUAUUCAUGAAUGACAGCCUGUUUUGUGUGGUAGCUGCGUUUGGCUGCUUCUACUAUUGAAGAAGGUAAACAUUGCAGAGAAGAACAGAGAUGGGGGAGAAAGCUUUAGGGUGUUUUUUUGUUAAAAUGCACAAAAGCAUCAUGUUCUUCCUUUAGUACCUAACACAGUAACAGCUCUACAAAGCAUGUCCUACACCUGUUCUACACACUACAACAUUCCUUCUUCCUUGUGGAUAUCAAUAGAGCUUUAAGCACAAUAUUAUUAUGUCCUUUAUUUAAAUCACCCUUUGUUUUUAUAUGGUGUGUUAAUUUUGUCCUAAAGAAGUGUAUUGCCGGUAGACAUU